AUGUCGAAUUCCCAUGUUCCGAAAUUUGGCAAUUGGGAAGCAGACAACAUUCCAUAUAGUGCAUGUUUUGAGAGUGCACGCAGAGAAAAGGCCGGAUUCAUUACCAAUCCGAACGAUCCAAUGGAAAAUCUAGAGGCCUUCAACAAAAAUGUUAAUGCCGAUGAAGCAAAAUCCUCUCAUACUUACUCUCACAAAGCAAAUUCAAGCUCAAUGGAGAAAGGAAGCCAAGAGGUACUGAGAAACAAUUCUAUACGCCAUUCACACGGCCGAAGCAGGGGAAGUAAAGGUAGCUUUACAUCAGAGUUUGGCAGCGAAAGUCGCCAUAAUGAUCACUCUGCCAUCAACAAAGCUUCACAAUCAGUUCACAAAAGGAGUGUGUCCAAAGGAGUUAGUAGUAACAUUGGUAGCUUCUCUUCAUCAAAUCAUAGUAGACACAGAAAUGGAAGACACUCUUUUAACGAUCACGGGGUAAUAUUCCUUUUAAUAUCUCAUAUAUAUUAUAUAAUUGCCCGAUUAUUAAAAAUAGUACCUGAAUUCGGUAAUUGGGAUGUAACAGACCCGAAAUCAGGAGAAGGCUAUACUGUCAUGUUCAACAAAAUAAAAGAAGAAAGACAAAUCAUGUCUAGCCACAAGAUUCCACCGCAUAACAACGAUUCAAAUAUGAAGAAUGAAUAUGAUGGAUCUUCUUUCAGUUUAUCUAAGGUGAAUGAAGCUUACUAUUGCAUUAUUGUUGCUGUUUGUUUACGAGCGAAAGCAAAUGAACACGGAUAA